UUUGGGGAAGGGGUGGGGACAGGAUGGAGUCCCUUUUUGGUGCCCAAGCAUAUGUGCAACUUCCUGCCACUGAGGAAACACUCGGAAUAAGCCAUCGCUUCUCCUUUCUCUACUCUGGUCUCAGCGUUGGCAGGGAGCCCCAGGUCGUGGCCUCCGCCAAGUUUCCCCGCCCAACGCAGGUGUGGAGAUGCCCUGGACUGUCCUACUUUUAGCAGUUGGCUCCCUGGCCAUCCCAGAACCAUCCAUCUUCCUAGUGCCUCCCCAUCCAAGCAGCCAAGAUGACCCCAUCCACAUCUCCUGCACAGCCCCCGGGGACGUCCUAGGGGCCAAUUUCACUCUGUACCGAGGACAAGAGGUGCUCCAGUUCCUGCAGGCCCCUGAGGACCAGCCUGGGGUCACAUUCACUGUGACUGCUAGUGACGGUGGAGAGACUGCUGGGGGGAGCUACCGCUGUCAGUAUGGUGUGAUGGGCGAGAACAGCCAGCCCCAGCUAUCAGAUCUCAGUCAGCCCUUGCAGGUCUCCUUCCCAGUGUCCACCUGGAUCCUGGUGCUCUCGCUCAGCCUGGCUGGAGCCAUUCUCCUCUUCACAGGGCUUGUAGCCAUUGCCCUGGUGGUCAGGAAAG